AUGGCUAGCUCCAAUGUCGCCCGAGCCGCACUGGCUCGUAGAACGCUGCCAUCUUCGAGAAUCCCGUCUACCAUUAGUCUCUCCCGGCCUAGGCGAAUACCUCUUGCGCUCUCCGUCUCCGGGAAGAGCAUUGCUCCGAUAGCCGCCACUUCAUCGUUAGGCUCGAUACGUGGAUAUGCCAGUGGCCGACCGCACCCGCCCGGCGGUACCCACCGCAUGGAUAUGGGAGGAGGCGAGCCACAAAAGCCCGCGCUGGAAGAGUAUGGUGUCGACCUGACGCAGCGCGCAAGAGACGGCAAGCUGGAUCCAGUCAUUGGCAGGGACUCUGAGAUACAUCGCACCAUCCAGAUUCUCUCAAGACGAACCAAAAACAAUCCCGUCCUUAUUGGCCAGGCCGGCACCGGAAAGACCGCCAUACUGGAAGGUCUGGCGCAACGAAUAGUGAGAGGCGAUGUGCCGGAGAGCAUCAAGAAUAAGUCCGUCAUCUCGCUAGACCUGGGUCAGCUCAUCGCAGGCGCCAAGUUCCGAGGCGACUUCGAGGAGCGCCUGAAGCGAGUCUUGAAAGAGGUGGAAGAUGCGCAAGGCGGAGUUAUACUCUUCAUCGACGAGCUGCACACUCUGCUAGGCUUGGGCAAAGCUGAAGGCUCCAUUGAUGCCAGCAAUCUCCUCAAGCCGGCUCUCUCGCGCGGCGACCUCCAGUGCUGUGGUGCUACUACGCUCAACGAAUACCGCCAGAUUGAGAAAGAUGUAGCAUUGGCUCGGCGGUUCCAGCCAAUUCUCGUCGGUGAGCCGACAGUUCAAGACACUGUCUCCAUUCUCCGUGGCAUCAAAGAUCGUUAUGAGGUGCACCAUGGAGUUCGUAUCACAGAUGGCGCACUCGUCGCUGCCGCAGCCUACAGCAACCGAUACAUCACCGAUCGCUUCCUCCCGGACAAAGCUAUUGAUCUUGUCGACGAGGCUGCCUCAGCUCUCCGACUGCAACAAGAAUCUAAGCCCGAUAGUAUCCAGACCCUUGACCGAGAGAUCAUGACAAUACAAAUCGAGCUUGAGUCGCUUCGCAAAGAGACCGAUAUCGCCUCAAAAGAGCGCCGCGAGAAACUGGAGGAGACGCUUACGACUAAACGCGCAGAAGUUGCCCGCUUGACCGAGAUCUGGGAUCGCGAGAAAGCCGAAAUCGAGACCCUCAAGAAGACCAAGGAAGAUCUGGAACGAGCGCGUCAAGAUCUUGAUCUUGCUCGCCGCGAGAACAACUUCGCACGAGCCUCCGAGCUCCAGUAUGCCGUGAUCCCGAAACUACAAGCCCAGCUACCUUCCGAAAGCGGUGCCGAACCACCCAAGAACGCCAAUGGCGAGACUCUAAUCCACGAUUCGGUGACGGCCGAUGAUAUCGCCUCGGUCGUGUCUCGCACCACAGGCAUUCCCGUCACAAAGCUCAUGUCAGGGGAAGCCUCCAAGCUCAUCACCCUUGAAUCCACCCUGCGGCAACACGUUCGAGGACAAGAUGAAGCCCUCGCUGCGGUCGCCAAUGCGGUGCGUAUGCAGCGCGCUGGCCUGCAAUCCGAGCACCGUCCUCUGGGCUCUUUCUUCUUCCUUGGACCCACCGGUGUCGGCAAGACCGAGCUAUGCAAGCGCCUCGCCGAGUUUCUUUUCAGUACCGAACAGGCCGUUGUACGUUUCGACAUGAGCGAGUUCCAGGAGAAACACACCGUCAGCCGUCUAAUCGGCGCAACAGCAGGCUAUGUCGGUUAUGAGGACGCCGGACAACUCACCGAGGCGGUUCGUCGUAAACCGUACGCCGUGCUGCUCUUCGACGAGUUCGAGAAGGCACAUCGCGAUGUCUCCAGCCUGCUGCUACAGGUGCUGGACGAAGGCUUCCUUACCGACAGCCAAGGUCACAAGGUCGACUUCAGGAACACCAUCAUCGUCUUCACUAGCAACCUGGGCGCGGACAUCCUGGUAGCCGACUCGGCAGCCGAGAACGUCACGCCAGAGCAAAAGGCCGCGGUCAUGGAUGUGGUGCAGGCGUCGUACGCGCCCGAGUUCCUCAACCGCAUCGAUGAGUUCAUCGUGUUCAACAAGCUGAGCAAGUCCGCGCUGCGCGACAUCGUCGACAUCCGUCUCAAGGAACUGCAGAGCCGGCUAGACGACAGGCGCAUGCGCGUCGAGGUCGGCGACGAUGUCAAGGACUGGCUGUGCGAGAAGGGCUAUGAGCCGCGCUACGGCGCAAGGCCGCUGAAUCGUCUGAUACAAACGGAGAUUGGGCGGAAGCUGGCAGAGAAGAUCAUCAGGGGAGAUUUGAUGGGUGGUGGCACUGCGAAGGUGGUCAUCGCCGGUGAUGAGGAGGGCCUCGAGGUCGAGCUGUGA